UUGGCCACUAACAGGAUUCUUGCCUUAGUACAUUCCGAGAAGAGUCAAAAAAACACAUGUACAUGUACAUGUAAGUCUUAUCACACGGACACUUUUUUUAAUUUUUUAUUUUUUUUGAUCCUUUUCCUCCUUCUCUCUUUCUUCUUUCUCUUUCACUCUUCUUCAUCUCCUUCUCUUUCACUCUUCGCCCCUUCUUGUUCAUAAAAAGAUAACAGUCAUCAUGGGUGUCACCGUCGCUCCUACAACCGUUCAGGGCGGCCCUGUUGCCAAGAAAAAGGUUAACUUUGCUAACCUCGGUGUGGGUGCUGUCAUGAACAUGUUCGAGGUUACUACCCUGGGUCAGCCUUUCGAGGUCAUCAAAACCCAUUUGGCUGCCAAUCGUCAGGAUAACAUGGCCACUGCUUUCAAGAAGAUCUAUCAACGCGGUGGCAUCAUGGGUUUUUAUCAAGGAUUGAUCCCUUGGGCCUGGAUUGAAGCCAGCACCAAAGGUGCAGUCCUCAUCUUUGCAGCCAGUGAGAUCGAAUAUUUAGCUCUGACCUCGGGCAUUUCACCCUUUGCAGCUGGUCUACUAGGAGGUAUGGGAGGCGGUCUUGCACAGGCUUACACCACCAUGGGUUUCUGUACUUUUAUGAAGACUGUCGAGAUUACACGUCACAAGGCUGUAGGCACAGGUGCUCAGCAAUCAACCUUCGCAGUCGCUGCUGACAUCUUUAAGCGUGAAGGAAUUCGAGGUAUCAACAAGGGAGUUAAUGCGGUGGCUUUGAGACAGUGUACCAACUGGGGUUCGCGUCUAGGUCUUUCUCGUCUUGCAGAGGAAUCGAUUCACAAGAUCCGUGGUACAGAUCAUUCGAAACCCUUGAAUGCCUGGGAAAAGAUUGCAGCAUCAGCUAUCGGAGGUGGUCUCUCCAUCUGGAACCAGCCCAUUGAGGUCAUUCGUGUGGAGAUGCAAUCACAGCUCAAGACUGCAGGGCGUCCAGAGAAGAUGAACAUUGCCAACUGUGCACGCUGGAUUUGGCAGACCAACGGUCUCAAGGGUUUCUACCGUGGCUCUGUCCCUCGAUUCGGCUUGGGUAUGUGGCAAACCAUCUGCAUGGUUGCUGGAGGUGAUGCAUUGAAGAAAUAUGUCAGCGAGCGAUAUGGCAAGUAAAAAAAAA